AUGGCAAACUUGCACACCUCAUUUACAAUAGUUCUAAGCUUUUUGUUCAUCUAUGGUUACAAUUACAAUGUGCAUGUUAUGGCACAAUGGCCUAGUGGAGGAUCAACCAGGUUCUAUGAUUUCAAGGUACAAACCAAAAGAGUUACCAAACUGUGCAGCACCAAGGACAUGGUGACCAUCAAUGGGAAGUUCCCAGGGCCAUCUGUUUAUGCUCAAGAAGAUGAUAGAAUCAUUGUCAAUGUAACUAAUGAGACACCUUUCAAUAUCACAAUUCACUGGCAUGGUGUCAGACAAAAGCUAUCAUGCUGGUUUGAUGGACCUUCAUACAUAACCCAAUGUCCAAUUCAAGCUGGCCAGAGUUUUACAUAUGAAUUUACAAUGGUGAAGCAGAAAGGCACCUUCUUUUGGCAUGCUCAUGUUUCCUGGCUAAGGGCAACUGUUUAUGGUGCCCUUAUUGUGUAUCCAAAAGCUGGGGUUCCUUACCCAUUCAAAGCCCCUUAUGAAGAGCACACCUUAAUACUAGGGGAGUAUUGGCUGCAGGAUGUUGUACAACUUGAAAGAGCCACUGCAGCAAGUGGAGGACCUCCUACACCAACAAACGCCUAUACAAUCAAUGGCCAUCCAGGGCCAAACUACAACUGCUCCAACAAUGAUGUGUAUCAGAUUGAUGUGGUCUCAGGGAAGACAUACUUGCUAAGGCUAAUACAUGCAGGCUUAAACAUGGAGAACUUCUUUGCCAUUGCUAAUCACAAAUUGACAAUUGUGGAAGCCGAUGCAGAGUAUACAAAGCCAUUCACCACAGACCGUGUGAUGCUUGGACCAGGCCAGACCAUGGGUGUCUUAGUCACAGCUGAUCAGUCUCCAGGAAAAUACUCCAUGGCCAUGGGACCGUACAUGUCAGCCAAGGGUGUCAAAUUCCAAAACAUUUCAUCCAUUGCUUAUUUCCAAUACUCGGGUGCUGUCCCUAAUAGCCUAUCUUUACCUGCUAAACUGCCCUGCUUCAACGAUAAUCUAGCCGUUAAGACGGUCAUGGAUGGAUUAAGGAGCCUAAAACCUGUUAAUGUUUCAAGACAGAUUGACACUGACCUUUUUGUCACCAUUGGAUUGAAUGUUCAAAAGUGUCACUCCAAGACACCAAAACAAAAUUGCCAAGGCCUUAAUAAUGGGGUUAUGGCAGCAUCAAUGAACAAUAUAAGUUUUGUUAAGCCAAAAAUUUCACUUUUGGAAGCUUAUUAUAAGAAGAUUAAUGGCUCUUUCACAGAGGACUUCCCUGGGGUACCCCUUAAGUUCUAUGACUUUGUCAAUGGGGCGCCUAAUAAUGCUCCUAACAAUACACAGGCAUUGAAUGGGACUAAAGCCUUGGUCCUUGAAUAUGGUGCUAGAGUGCAACUCAUCAUGCAGGACACUGGAACAGUCACAACUGAGAACCACCCAAUUCAUCUUCAUGGCUAUAGCUUCUAUGUUGUUGGGUAUGGCACUGGGAACUACAACCCGAAAACUGCAAACUUCAACUUGGAGGAUCCACCUUACAUGAACACAAUUGGAGUCCCUGUGGGUGGAUGGGCUGCUAUACGUUUUGUUGCUGACAAUCCUGGGGUUUGGUUUAUGCAUUGUCACCUCGACAUACACCAGUCUUGGGGGUUAGGCACAGUGCUUGUUGUGAAGAACGGAAAAGGAGACCUUGAGAUCCUUCCUCACCCUCCUGCAGACUUGCCUCAGUGCUAGAAUGCCUCUGGAUUUUGAUAGCUGACAUAGAAAGAUCGUUGUAAGUUAAGUUGUAACCUUUCGUUUCCAAUCGAGGAUUUUUUUGGGUCCAUUUCUUUGUUUAAAACUUGAAAUUGGGGUGGGGUUGUAAACGAGAGCAUAAUCAAAUUAAA